AUGAUCGAUUUGAUACCGUGUGCAGAGUACCUUUCAUACGAUGUAGCUACGCUUAAAAACGUUGGAAUUCUAUGCUUUUUGAGGAAAGUUGAGCGGAGAUUCUACUUUUUAAAAAUAACUCAAGAAAUCGAUUUUCGUCAGUUGACUAUAAAUUAUUUAGAAAUAAUUGGUUUAAACAGCUGCUCUGUGAAAUUUCGUUUUGAUUGUCGCGCCAAUGCGACGUGCACCAUAGCGCCACCUCGAUGUCUCGAAAUCGAAGUUUUAGGUUAUCUGAACGAAUGCUUUGAUGAAAGACGUACAUGUAGAUUCCGUGCGUUCUGUAUUACGUUUUACGAGUGGCAUACACGCAUCGACCGUGAGUGUGCUUUGAGUAAUACUGUUAGUUAUUAUGUGAUCGUGAGUCGUGAAUCGAAGAAGAAACGCAGAGAAAAACAAAGAGCAAGCGUGGGUAUGACCAGGGGAAAAGGAAGGAAAAUGCGAGACAUUGGAGUUAAUGUUUUCUGCUAUCUCAUCGUGGCACUGCUUUUUCUAGCGCCAUUCAGUCACGCAGCAGGGAAUGUUACGAACGAAUUUCAACGGUGCGACAUCCACAAGGCGGAGGGUCAAUGCGGCGAGAAUGGAAGGUGCUUUCAAAGUACAAAGGACAAAGAGGGAGAGUGCAUAUGCAAGCUAGGUUACGAAUUUGAGAGAGGCCAGUGUGUCCAGGUCACGACUACCACGAUUACUAGCAUAACUGUCGAUCAACCAGAAGUCGAAGUCAACUCAGGAGGUAGUUCCGUAGCUGCCGGUUUGUUAAUACCGACUUUCCUCAUAGUGAUGAGUGUGCUGCUGUAUUUCGUUGCGAGGCGAUACAAAUGGUUGCAACGAGUUCGACAUCUUCGUCCGAAUCAUUACGGCAAUGUCCUAGUCACAAGAGACGACGACGACGACGACGAUCCACCGAUACCGUAAGCAGGUGCCUAAUAACAAUUCAUACCGUGUACAAACGUGCGAAUGUUCUCAUCAAAAGCGCGAACUUUCGUACGCAGAAACGCUCAGUUACACAAUUCAUAAUUUAAAGCGACAAGCGCUGAGUUACCUUUACGAGGAUCACUUUACCGAAUGACCGCAAUAAAAAUUCCAUACCGGUUCACAUUCAAUUUCUUCGUCUUCUCCGGACAAGUUGCAAGAGAAUUUCGAUCGAUUUCUCUAUCGAAAGAUUUCCCACACGCAGAUAAUGCAUUUAAUUGCUUACAUGUUUCUUUAUGUGAUGGUGGAUGGUAAUUUCGAGGAUUUCACUGAACAAUGAAAUGACACGCGCGAAAAGUUUUCUCUUGGAGCUUGUUACGCUUAGGGAACAAUGUUGUGUAACUCUGUGUAAAUAUAUGGAGCAAAGUUUAAAAUACGAGGUAAAUAUGCAAGGCAAAAUAUCGUCGAACUGAAUCAAGAGGCUAAAUGUAAACGAGUGUUAGUGUAAGUAAAUGUAUUUUUUAUGCUGAUGUACGAAACUUCCAUUUCUUUCACACCGACUUAUGCUAUUUACUAUGACGUACUUUGCGUUUACAUGGCAAUUACUUUUGGAAAUGGCCGUGCUGGCACCAUUAUUAAAAAUUAUGUAAUGUUCACGUUACUGUUUUUUAAUAAUGGAUCGUGGAGAACAUUUGCAUAAAAAUACUGUUACUCACAAGAUCACCGAUUCCUAUGUUUAUAUUAUACGAUGGUUGUAAGGGACGAGGGAUAACUGACUGCGGUUUCGAUAGUUUGUAAGAAGACAUUGAAAGCAUAAUUUUUUACGAUGAUAUUACGAAGCUGGUCAGUAAAUUUUACAUAAAUUAAUAAAUUUGUAUAAAAUCAACGAUUGUCAGUCCACCUUUCGCUGUAUGCAAAACUUAGAAUGAAUUACAUUGUCUAUGUUCUCGAUGUAUUCUCCGAUCGUGCAAUGAGAUUCGUACACGUGAUGCGAUUAAUAUCGAUCCGGUAUAUAUUCAUAGAUAUUUUUAUAUUUUUUUAAACCUAUAACGAUUCCUAUUAUUAUUUUAAUAGUAUUGACUUUCUCCUUGCAAAUUGAUGAUACUCGGGAUAUUGUAUCGUGUUCACGUGGAUGAAUUUUGAUCGUUCUCUCUGAAUGUCUUGUUCUUUCGAGGGUAACUCUCAAAAUGGAUGUAACUUUGCCAAAGAAUAAACGUUUCAGGAUCUAAAUUAACGCAUACCUCUCAGUUGUAAGCGAACGCGCAAAGAAUCUGUGUUAUAUGUAAUUUCAUAUAUACAUAAUUGCAAUUAGUGCAUCGUAUAUUAAUUAUCUACUGUCUACUUUACUAAUGAUAUUAAUUACGUGUGCUCGGUUUAAAUGAUAAUUGGAAGAGAGAGAGAGAGAGAGAGA